AUGAAGACUCAGAAUGCUCUGGGUUGUCCUUUCCAUCUGAUUCCUGUCACUGUGCCCUGCAGUGGCUUCAGAUUCUCCCCAUCCUUCCCAGGAAACUCAGCAAGAUCCAACAUAGAAAAUGACUUUGGGAUGGACCAACCAGCUCUCCUCUCUGGAGUUCAGGGUGGCUUCAUCGAUAUCCCCUUCUCCUUCUCCUUCUCCUGGAAGUUGGCCAAGGAUCCGAAGAUGAGCAUAGCCUGGAGAUGGAAGGGCUUCCAUAAGGAAUUCAUCUACAACUCCACCCCGCCUUUCAUACAUGAGCACUUCAAGAACCGGCUCAUCCUGAACUGGAGACCAGGUGAGACAUCCGGAGUCCUCAGAAUCCUGAACUUGAAGGAGUCUGACCAGACCACAUACUUCUGCCGAGUUUUUCUGCUAACAACAGAAGGCAUGAAGGUUUGGCAGUCAAUUCCUGGGACCCAACUCAGUGUGACCAAUGCCCCCUACACCCCCACCACACUUCCAAGCGCCAGCNCCACCGCCACCGCUGCGACUUCUGCACGCACCCAAAAUGGCCUAACAAAAGGCGAGAGUGCUAACACUGGUCGCCUGGAUCUGCAAACCACACUUGGGCUGGCAGUGGCUGCUGUUGUGUUCCUGGCCGGGGUUUGGGGAUUGACAGUGUUCCUCCGGUGGAAGNGAAGGCACG